AUGCCUCCAGACGGUUCCUCCUUUACAGCCUUGAACCUACCACCAGAGUUCAGUCUACCGCAAUGCAUGGAAUACUUCACUCUAACUGCGGGGCCGAACACUGAUCUAUGGCGGAAGCCCCCAAAUGGCGAUACCUCGACCGCGCCGAUCGUGUUCACUUCCCUACGACACCCGUUCGUCGUAGCCGAAGUCACCGUCAGCGCCGACUGGGAAAUGGAAUGGGACCAAGGCGGCCUGGUCAUCUACGCCGGCGCAGCACCGCAGUCCUUCUCGGGAGCCCCGGCAAGCACCACGAGCCGCCGAUCAGGCGCCCGGCCACCGUGCAAAUGGGUCAAAGCCGGCAUGGAGUUUUCAUCCGGCACCGUCAAUGCAUCCUCCACGAGCGCGACAGCCGAUGGCGCCGACUGGUGCGUGUCUCCUGUUCAAUCGGCCGAAGGAUCUCGUGUUCAGUCUCUGCGCAUCAAACUCGAGCGUAUCGGUCAUGCACUCUGGGUUUGGUAUCAAGUUCCUUCUGUUUCGCCGUUUGCGCGGAGUCCGGGGGCCGUGGGUUCGACGUGGACGAAGCUGCGGGAAGUCAAUUGGUUCUUUUACGGCGUUGAGGAUAAGUUUGUUCAUGUGGGGAUGUAUGCGAGUCGGCCUAUGAAUUUAGGUCGCGGGCAGACUAUGUUCGACGCGAUGAAUGGGCUGAGUCUGGAUAGUUCGUUAGCGGCUGGAUCCGCGGACGGGCUGGUUGUGGAGUUUGAAGAUCUGGAAAUCUUUUAA